UUUUUUGUCAAUUAGUUAAUUCCUUGUGUAUCCUAAGUCAAUAAACGAUAAAAAGGUAAGAAAAGUGAAAGAGAUUAAAUCGAUAAUCUUUUCUUUCUUGUUAAAUCUUUCUAAGUGUUUAGCCUAAAGACUUUAGGCUACAAAGGGUUUGUAUGUUUUCCUUUGUGUUUUCAAUUGUUGGAGAAGAUACAAAAUUGGAGUAAUUAAAAAAAGGUGAUGAUGGAAGGAAAAUAUUUCGCUGAGAAAAUUGAUCGACAGCCUUUUAUAUAUUAGAGAAUAUAGAAAAAGGAAAGUCACUUGCCAUACACGUUGGUUGAACACACGUUGUCCAAAUAUUGAUUCCAUGGGAGAAGAAAAUUGAAAUUGGAUUGGUAAUCAUUGGAAUUAAUAUCAGUAAAUUAAUCACCACACAUACACACACAUACUCACACACCAACAGCAUCUUUAAUCAUCAUUACUCUCAUCAGGCCCUUUAAUCACACACACACACAACCGUUUCUGGGAAAACAAUCAAAGUGGGUAAAGCCCAAUGAUGACAAUGACACAACAAUUACAUUCCCACCGAGUAGAACAGAAAAGGGAUUUUCUUUUUCUCUUCUAAUUGAUUGCCUGUGCAUUUUUACAUUUACUUUGUUACUGGGAUUCAUCAACAAUGGAUAUUGAGCUGUUAAAUGUUCAAGCCACAUCACCUCUUUUACGGAGUCUGGCCUCAGAUGAUGAUAGUUACACUUUGGAUCAAAUUGAAACCCACUAUGGAAAUAUUCUGGUUGCUAAACAAGGCGCUGACCACAAACAAAAUAAACCAGUUAUUCUUACCUAUCAUGAUAUUGGAUUAAAUCAUGUUUCCAAUUUUCAAGCCUUCUUUAAUUACAUGGAUAUGAGACUGUUUCUUCAAAGUUUUGCCGUAAUUCAUAUCAAUGCUCCUGGACAAGAAGAAAAUGCUGCUCCACUACCGGAAAGUUUUGUUUACCCCACCAUGGAUCAAUUAGCUGAACAAAUAGAAGCUGUUUGCAAAUUUUAUGGGAUCAAAAAUUUUAUUGGCUUCGGUGUUGGUGCUGGAGCCAAUAUCCUUUCUCGAUUUGCCUUGAGAAAUCCUGGCGUAGUUGAUGGUCUCUACCUCGUCAACUGUACAGCCUCACAAUCCUCUUGGUCUGAAUAUCUUUAUCAAAAGAUGAAUGUCUAUUAUCUCACCAGUACUGCAGCUUUGGUCUCUUCGACAACUUUUCCUCAAUCAGUUCAAGAUUAUCUUCUCUGGUAUCAUUUUGGUAGAGUAACCGAAGAACGUAAUAGAGAUCUGAUUGCAGUUUAUAGUAAAUAUUUUUCUGGUCAAUCAAUUAAUCCGAGAAAUCUCUCCCUCUUCAUUGACUCUUAUAUUCGUCGAACUGACCUUGGAAUAAUUCGAGGAGACAAAGAGAAAAAUUUCAAGUGCUCAGUUCUUCUUCUUUGUGCUAAUUUAUCACCUCAUGUUGAUGACACAGUUAACAUGAACUCUCGUCUAAAUCCUGAGAAUUCAACUUGGAUGAAACUAUCCGACAGCGGGAUGGCCCUGGAAGAACAACCUGGUAAAGUAGCCGAAGCGAUGAAACUCUUCAUUCAAGGUUUAGGCUAUGCUUUAACCGUUUAUGAGAGACGUCGCUCAUCUCUUCGCAAAAUGUCACUAAACUCAAGUGAAAGGCCGGACUCUGUUGAUUCAUCGAGGAAAAACUCAAUCGACAAUUCAUUGGACACCCAAAUUGUUGAUGGACGACUUACAUCAGGAGAGUCACCAUCACCUUGAAUUGCCUUGAAUCCUUUUGUUAUCCUGUUUGGAUCUCUCCGUGUGUGUGUCUCACUUAUCCAAACCAAUUCCAAUCCUGCAACCCCAAUGGUCGAUACAUUAAGGCUAAAAUCCAUUACACCUUUUGGUCAUCAUCAAUUCAUCAUUACAACCAAUUUACUAAAGAAUAUCAAGUUUACUCUCUCACUAAGUUUUUAUAUUCAGAUUAUUUAGUCAAAUUGAUAAUUAAUAUAUCCUUGAGUCUCUCUUUCUCUUUCUUUGUAUACUUCAAAUUAGAAUAUUAUACAAAAUUUAAACUAAUCUUUUAAAUCGCCUAACAAUCAACAAUAAUCGAUUGUUAUAGUUUCAUGUGUCAAACAAAAUAUAACCAAAAUACUGGCACAAGCAUUUUGACCCUUUGUAAGUUAACCGAAAAACUUCAUGAAAACCAAAUUGUAAGCUCAUGAAAAAAAAAGUUGAUGAUCCAUUUUAUUCACUGACAAAUAUGAUUUACAAUUAAAACUGGAAGGAAUCAAAUUAACCACCUAACCUUUUGUAACAAUUAAAGUUUAAAAAAUUGGAAUUAAAAAUCAGAUUGGAUUCCAAUGAGUUCGCCGGCGUUUCCAAUUGAAUCGCUUCAA